UAAAAUUUUAAUUUUAUGAGUGGAAGAAUAAGAAUUUCAAUCCCAAUUUUCGUGAGAAUAAUUCAAGAAAGUUCUCAUUUGUCUUUUUUUAUUUUUGUUUGUUGAGGAAAAUCAAUUAAAGGGGUCGGGCCUCUUUGGAUGUGGGAGUGCAUUUUGGCGCCUGAAUUGCGAAAACAAUAUCCUUGUGUUCGUUGAAGGCCAACAAAUAACGUGGAUCCUUGUACGCUUCUCUUAGUUACGUUUUUUUUUUCCCGUAAAUAAAAACUGGGUUUGUUUCGUUGUUUGUUUUUCAGUUCAUUCCGCGUCAAAUCCGUUUCAUAUGCUCACAAAACUAAUCAAUUUCAGAACCCGUUUUUGCUUUAAUUGAAAAUUUCUCUGUUCUUUUCUCUCUACUGCUUCAAGUAAAGAAUCUUCAACCCGUCAAAUCCGAGUCUCCCCAGGUACGACCCCUUUUGAUUCUAUUCGAUUUUCUUCUCGAAUUUGCUACUCUUUGCGGCUGUAACCUCGUUAGUGAUUUUGUUCUUGAUUCCUGUGUGUAAUGCAAUCGUUUCAGUAGCCUUUUGUGGCUCAGUCGUUUGGACUGAUUGAAGUUUGGUUAGGGGAGGUUUCGCUUUAAUUUGUUUGGUGGGCUUGGAUUUCUGAAAUAGGGUUUUGUGAAUCGAGGCUCGUUCGUGAUUUUCGCUUUUGUCUGGAGUGAAUUUUUAAGUUCAUUUGUGACAUAUAAUGCAAUUUUUCAAGGAUUUUGGUUGAGUUUAUUCAAGUUUGUGGACUUUCAAUAUGUUGGAUUGCCAUUUAAAUGAUUUAAAAGGCAACACCAGCGCCGAUAAGAACAAUGGAGCGGACCUUGAGAAGCAGAGGGUUGAGCUGCCGUCAGCAGCAGAUCCCUCUACCAGUGAUGUCGAUGAUCAUACACCAUUGACAAUUGUUGUGUCUAAUGGGGAACUUAAAUCAAUCUCUGAGGUUCCUCGAGAGGAAUUAUUGCCUUGUGCAGUUUCCCCCAUGAAGGAACUCUUGUCUACAACUUCUAGCUCUGAUGAGCAGUGCAGAAUUUGUCAGCAAGAAAAGGAAGAAGUCUUGAUAGAACUUGGAUGUCAUUGUCGAGGUGGUCUUGCAAAAGCUCAUCGGACUUGCAUAGAUACUUGGUUUCGUAGUAAAGGAUCAAACCGAUGUGAGAUUUGCCAGGUUGUAGCAGCGAAUGUAUCGCCUCCACAAUCACAUCAUGCUACCAACUACUGGAUUUGGAGGAUUGAUCCAACCUACAGAACCCAAGAACCUGAAAGGAGCUACUUCAGUCCAAUUUGGCUAGCUUUUGCCAUCCUCAUCGGAGGUCUGCUACUGGACAUUCUUGUAUCCAUCACCCUCGGCAUUUCGGCGUUACCUGUAAAUCUCAUCAUCGGAGUUAUUGUAGUGCUUGGACUUGGAACUGUUUUAAGACUUGCCCUGGAGUUCUUUCAUGAGUGGAAUUCAACGAGAGGAUCGCAAAGGGUGGAAUCAAAUGUCACUAUUGGGUACUUUCCAGCUAUAUAGUCUUCAAAACAACAAACAUAGUGAAAACAGGUUUUAUUCUCGUCUUUUCCGACAUGUUUUAGCUUCUUGAUUAAACAUACAAUAAAUCAGUAAAUAAGUUGAGUGAGAUUACAA